GUUUCAUAUGGAUAUCUAAAGAAAAACAUCUCAUUGGUCCGCUUAUUUUUCCCGGAAUUUUCCAUGACGUAUAACAUGAAGAAAGUUGUUGAAGAAUUUGCCGACCACACAACAGCUCAUGGGUGGGGAAAUAUAUCUCAAAGAUCAUCAACGUUGGGAAAAACUGUAUGGAUUAUUUUCACGUUAGGUUGUACAUGUUUAGCAAUAGCAUCCAUAAUUGGGACAAUUUCUAAAUAUUUUGAAUAUGAAACGAAAGACAUAGUGGAAUUGAGAGAUGAACCAUUGGAAUUUCCUUCAGUGACAGUGUGCCCAUUGAAUCCUAUAGCACACACACACCAAUUGAUGUACCGGCAAAACAUUUAUUAUGAAAUUGUAGAUUACCAUAACUUAACAAAUAAUAUUUUACCUACAGAAAGAAAGACACCCCAACAUAAUACAUUAUACAAGGACUACAUCAAUCAACUGGUUUCAUAUCAAGGAUAUUAUGAAAAUGCUAUGCAAAUAUUAGUUUACAGCCAUAACAAAGAUGAUUUCAUAACAUCGUGUACUUACAUGGAAAAUAUGUGCAAUCGGAGCGAUAUAACAACAUCUUUACACCAUGAGCAUUACAAUUGUUUUACUUACAGCACUAGUAGGUCUCUGCCAGAUUUUGCUAAAACAACUGUUGGGCCAAAUAGUGGACUUUCCAUGAUUCUAUAUCUAGAUGUUUCGAAGCUGAGCAUGACCUUAUACGACCCAAAUUACCCAACAUCUGGCAGUAAUGGGGCUAGGGUUGUCAUACAUGAAAGAGGAUCCUUGCCUGACCCAGAAAAGGAUGGAUCUGACAUUGAGCCAGGUCACUCCGUUAAUGCUGCAUUGUCAGUAAAUCGACGUGAACUGAUGAAGAAACCGUGGGGUAAUUGUGUUGAUUAUUCUGCAUUGGAUGCUGGAGGGUUUGUACAUACUAUGAAUUCUUGCAUCAAACGGUGCCAACAGAAGAGAGUCUAUGAAGAGUGUGGUUGCGUAAAGGCAUCUCUCCCAUUGGAGCCUGAUUUGGAAAAUGCACAAUUCUGCGGAAAGCUUGAUGUGAAAGAAUGGUUGAAAAAUGAACCAAACAUUACCAUUCUUAAUGAAGAUCUGAAUAGGCUAGAAUGCCAAAAGUCAGCGUGGAGACCCUGCAAAACAUGUGCAAAAAAUUGCACAUACCAUACAUAUGAUGUAUCUCUAUCUCAGUCAGAGUGGCCAACAGAUGGAGCUGUUAAAUCAUUUUAUGAACGUUGGAUUAUGCAACAGCCAAACUAUGAAAACUCAACACUGUACCACAGAUUUCACAGGGAAAUGAAAGACUUAAAAGACAUAUACUCAGUUACUGAAACUACUAAAUCUGCAAUAAAAAACAACUUUGUUCGCUUGAAUGUCUACUUCAAGGAGUCAGAAACUAAAGUUACAACUAAAGCCCAAGCAUUUGAUCUUGCGAACCUUAUAGCAGAGACAGGGGGUUUCCUAGGCUUUUAUGUUGGAAUAUCCGUAAUAUCAAUUGCGGAGGUUAUGAUUUUACUUUAUAAUCUUUUAAACUUCUUGAGAAACAAACUAAUUCAACAAAAGUACAAUAAUACAAAUAAUGCUGGUGUAAAUAUUAAACAAAAUGGCAAAUGACAGAAUUCAUCAAAAGGGACACAAUUUAUUUAUUAUAUGACAUAUAUUACCCUGACAUGUUCCAGGUCGUUCAAUAAGUUUGUGGAAACAAUGU